GGAGUGAGCUGGGAAUUAGCUGACUCGGACGCAGCGUGGGAGUGAGUGAAAGCCAGCAGAGCAGAGCAGAGCAAUAGACCCAUCCGCGCAUUUGCUUUCUCGGUCCGUCAGUCUCUCUCCUUCCUGCAGUCGGUGACUGAGAAGACACGCACGCACUCGCGAGCGAGAGAGGGAGAGAGACGAACGCAAGACAGAGCAGGAGGAGGAAGACGAAGGAAUCAAGAAAGUGAAUGGCGGGGCGGCGUGCGGAGGAGGAGUACGACUACCUGUUCAAGGUGGUGCUCAUCGGGGACUCCGGUGUGGGCAAGUCCAACCUCCUCUCCCGCUUCACCCGCAACGAGUUCUGCCUCGAGUCCAAGUCCACCAUCGGCGUCGAGUUCGCAACACGAACACUCCAUGUUGAAGGCAAGAUCAUCAAGGCUCAGAUCUGGGACACGGCAGGCCAAGAGCGGUACAGGGCGAUCACGAGCGCCUACUACCGUGGAGCCCUUGGCGCGGUCCUGGUCUACGACGUGAGCAAGCCUACCACCUUUGACAACAUCAGCCGGUGGCUCAAGGAGCUGCGCAACCACGCCGACUCCAACAUCAGAAUCAUGCUUGUCGGCAACAAGACCGACCUGAAGCACCUCCGUGCUGUCGCCACGGAGGACGCACAUAACUUUGCCCAAGCAGAAGGCCUGUCCUACAUCGAGACAUCAGCGCUGGAGGCGACAAACGUGGAGGAGGCGUUCCAGCUGAUCCUUGGCGACGUUUACCGGGCCGUCAGCAAGAAACCCAUGGCGUCGGAUGAACCUGGGCCAGGGGCUGCCGGAGGCGCUAAGGAAGGCAAGGCGAUCAAUGUGGCGGCCGGCGACGCCACUGCUGAAAGGAAGCAGUGCUGCUCAGCUUAGAAAGUGACACAUGCCUCCCCUCACCUUCUUCUCUUCUAUUCACGAGUCAGCGACGUAUGUGUUCAUUUUGUUGUGAUGCUCUAUAUGAUUACAUCAUACCAAGUCUUUUAAUCGUUUUGUAUCAAGUAUUAGCAUGCCUAGACUCCAAAUUUCUCUCUC